AUGACACAGUCAGGACACAGGGGGAGGAGCCUGACUCGUGCUCAUGGGGAGGUGUACGUGGAGUUCGACGACCAGGAGUGGGAGAAACGGGAGUGGGUGAAAGUGUACGAGGACUUCCAACUGUUUCUCCUGGAGCACCAGCUGGUCUGGACCAAGAGGAAGGACACCAGGACGGGGCCCGGGGCUGGGGGAACUGCUGGGGGUGUUCUACAGGGGACCAAGGCCAAGCACAUCCAGUGGCCUGCGCUGGACAAGGCAGAUGGUCGAGUGUUUGCGUCCCGUUUAGUGAAGUGGAGACCUGCCCACAGACACAGAGCAGUCAAAGCUAAUCCCUCUUACAUAAGUGUGAGGGCUCAGACAGAGAGCGGCGCUGCGCUCAGGGCUCCGUGUCCUGCUGCUGUGCACGUGGGGCGUUGUCAGACUCUUGGCAGCUCGCACAGGGGCCAGUGUGACCCAAAUGUUACAGCUACACAGGCUUUAACUGUGAAGAUACACUGA